AUGCUGCAGGAACUAUCGUCUAUGGACCGCAUUACACAGCUACAAGAUGAGAUCCAGCAAAUACUCACCAUCAUGUCAAGAAGUAUUCAAUAUCUAACAUCCAAGGCAGAUUUUGUGCAAAUUAGCCCAGAGGUGCCAGUUACGAAGCAGAGGGCUGCGGGGAAAGCAGACCCUCCUGAUGUGUUCGACGCGAACAAGAAGGAACUGGUCACGGACUUGAUCGUAAAGGCCAAACAGAUUGAGUAUCUUAUCAACUCUCUGCCUGAACCCGAGUCUGAGGAGGAGCAGGCCGGGAGGCUGAGGGAGUUGGAGAACGAGUUGUCGACAGCGAAUGCAGAGUAUGUCCGGGCCGUUCAUCGUGCUAGGGAGUUGCUUCGACUUGUUUCCGAGACCCUUCGUACAAUGUUGAGCGAGCCUCCUCCAGAUGCUCGACCCGCGGCGCCCAGUGUGUAG